AUGGCGGACAUCACCGAAGAUGAGGCAGUGCUGCACCUGAAGAAAGCGCUGGGUGAGCUGGAGCCUGGGGAGCUGGCCCCUGCUCCUCUUCCCUCGAAGGCUCCCAAAGGGGCGGCAGCGCCAUGCGGCUCGAUGAUCAGGCCGCCGAUGCAGCCCGGGACGGGCAUCACGGCCAUGCCAGCAGGACCUGGACAGCUGGUGCGGCCUCCUGGGCCUCCUGGGCCUCUGACAGGAGUGCCACCCGUGGUGCCACCCGUGGUGCCUCCGGUGGUGCCGCCAGUGGUUCCACUGGGUGCCUCGGCCACUGGCCCUGCCGGGCUCCCUUUCCCCAAGGAGGGAGCGCCGCUUCCCAUGGCGCCGUUGACAGCCAUGCCCGGGCUGCAGCCGCCAGCAGGAGGACUAGCACCGGCACUGGCCGGCGCCACUGCAGCUGUACGGCCUCCGACGGCGCCGCCUGGGCCAGGAGGAUUUCCGGCAGCUGUGCCGCCACCAGCUGCUGGAGGAGCCACGGCUCCGGCGCCACAGGCGGCCCCAAAUCAAUCUCAGGUUCAGUUCGAAAUCCCCCAGGCCAAGGUUGGCCUCGUUGUCGGAAAAGGCGGAGCGGUGCUCGGCGCCAUCAAGUCGUACUCCAAAGCGGAGUGCUUUAUAGAGCAAAGGACACCGGAUCAGGACAAAGCUCGCGUCACUGCACGGGGCACCGAGAAGGAGGUCGCCAAGUGCAAGCAGACUGUGAAAGCGGUAGUCGACGGCGCCUUGUCCCUGGCCACGCUGGGAUCGCUUGCCGGGGUCAAGGGUCUCAAAGCAGCCGAUGACAACGAGGACGCUUCGCCCCCGCCUCCUCCAGGUGCUUCCGCCACCCCGCCAGUGGGCUUGCCGGGACUGCCUCCUGGAGGGGCACCUCCCGCCGCAGUGCUGGCAGCGAUGGCUGCCGGUCGACCCCCCUUGGGGGCUGGAGGGCUGCCCUUGCCGCUGCCACCAGGGCUCGCGGCUGCGGCCGCAGCAGCUGUGCCCGGAAUGUCGGAUAACCACCAGAUGCAGGCAAACCUCAACGACUACUACGCAAGGUGGUGGACAUCUUACGCGUUGGGGGAGGAGGACAACCAGGAAGACAAGCCCAAGGAGCAGCCCCUGGCCUUCGACAAGGAGGCAGUAGCGAUUAGUACUCUCAAUCGCAAGAGCAACACUGACGCCAUGGCCCUGGCCUGCGCGGCCCCGGCCUGUGAUGGCUGGUGCGAGAAGCACGAAAGUGCGCGCCUGGCCGCCAAGGAGUCGCGUCUCUUCGAAGCAGUGCAGCUCAUCAACGCAGCGCUGGAGUCCUUCGAACACAGCCUGGAACUGACGGCCACGGUAGAGGGUCUGCUUCUGACGGACCCUGGCCGCUUCGCUGCCGAAGCCGCAGGCUCCGUGCCGCCGGGACGCAAAGUCGACCUGGCUGGCCUCUGGGCCACUCGUGCGGACAUCCUCAUGGGCCUCGGCGGCCUGAAACGCGCGGGAGGGGAGCUGCGGGCAGCGGCGCUGCUUGCGCCGGAGGAGGUCCGCGUCAAGGAGCUCUUAGCUGAAUGCGAGAAGCUGCAGCAGUACCAGGAGGAGGGCUUUGCGGAGGAUGCAGCAGCUGCAGCCCAGAGCAAGGUGCCGGUGCACAUCCUCACCGGUUUUCUAGGGUCUGGCAAGACCACCUUGCUGAACCAUAUCUUGAGAGAGUCGCAUACGAAGCGGUAUGCGGUCAUCGAGAAUGAGUUUGGCGAGAUCGGCAUUGACGACAAGCUCAUCGCACGCAGGGAAAGCCUGGGUGCAGAGCAGAUCAUCGAAAUGAACAACGGCUGCAUCUGCUGCACCGUGCGCGGUGAUCUCAUCCAGGGACUCAGGAGCAUCUUGAAGAAGACCUCCCUGGAAGGCACGAAGCUGGACGGCGUGAUCAUCGAGACCACCGGGCUGGCGGACCCGGCUCCCGUGGCGCAGACCUUCUUCGCCGAUGACGUGAUCCAGUCGAAGAUGCUGUUGGAUGGAAUCAUCACCAUGAUCGACGCCAAGCACGCUCUGCAGCACCUCCGCGAGGAGAAGCCCGAAGGUGUGGAGAACGAAGCCGUGGAACAGGUGGCUUUCGCCGACCGCAUCAUCAUCAACAAGACCGACCUCGUUGCUUCGGAGGCAGAGCUUCAGGAGCUGACCGAGGAGAUCCGGAGCAUCAACCGCCUGGCGCCCAUCCUCCGCACGCAGAAUUCGAAGGUUGACUUGGAUGAGAUCAUCGGCAUUAAGGGCUUUUCGUUGGACCGGGUGCUUGAGGCAGACUCCGAGUUUCUGAAGGACGAGCAGGACCACCAGCACGACCAGACGGUGUGCUCGGUUGGCAUCGAAUGCCCUGGUGAGUGCGACCAAGUGAGGCUCAAUGAGUGGAUCGCCAAGCUCUUGAUGGAACGCGGCACGGACAUCUUCCGCACCAAGGGCGUCCUGGCGGUGAAAGGCAGCGACCAGAAGUUUGUCUUCCAAGGCAUCCACAUGAUCUUCGGCGGCCAGCCUCAAGAGACUUGGCCCCCUGGGCCAAAAAGCGAGCGGCUGAACCAGUUGGUCUUCAUCGGCCGGCACCUGAGCCGGGCGGAGCUGGAGAGUGGCUUCAAGUCCACCUUGGCGCUCCAAAGGCUCGCGGACCGAGCUCAGGCCGGCGACAUCGAGGAGCCGUCCCAGAACGACGGCGCCGUCGCCUCCGAUGCGCCAGACAUUCCUCCGGGCGAGCUGCCCCUCUCUACGCAGAUUGCCUUCGGUCCCGGCACUUUGGAGGAGCGCGCGGUCGCAGAGGUGCGGGUCAUUCUCGGCCUGCCCGGCACUGCUCUGGCAGGAGGGUCUGACAGGGGUAUGUCGGUACCGGCACCACCUUCUGGACCAACUGUCAUGCCUGGCAGUGCGCAGCCGAUGACCUUCGGCACCUCCCAGAGAAGGAUGCCCGAGCUGACGCUGAAGGGCUUCCUGCGGCCCGGUGCUUUCGACGACGAGAUGCCGCAGACGAAGAAAGACGCCGACUCCGUGCAGAAAAUGCUGGAGCGGCUACAGGGCAACGUCAGCGAGACCAAGCAGUCAGUGCAGCUGCAGGCGCAGAUGCCGCGCUCCGGUGGACCGCCGAAGGCUGUGUUCCCCGGAGCAGGGCCCGAGGUUGGAGGAGAUGACAUGAGGACCCAAGCAGACUUUCAGUUCGAGGCGCUCCUGUCCAGGGCGCAAGCGGCCGGCAGUCCGGAGGCGUUGGACCAAGUGGCCCGGGAGGUGCUCAUCAGGUUUCCAUCUUUCACGGCCCAACAAUGCACGGACCUGUGUCAGAAGAUGGACACGGCUCCAGCGCUCCGGGAUCACCAGGGUGGCGACUUUUUGGCAGAACUCUGCCGCUUGCUCGGGUCGCGGCUGCGCGAGCUGACGAGCAUGCAGUUCACCACGGCCUGCAGCACAGUCGCUGCGUGGUCGGCGGACCCCAAGAGAAGACGCGCACCCCUCUUCGCCCAGCUGUCAAAGGUCUUUUUCACAGCGGCGGCCAACGAGAUGUCUUCGCGUCUCAUGACGUUUGCGCCACAUGAGCUCAACAGCUGCCUUGCAGCUUUCGUGUCAGUAGGCUUCUCGGAGCACAAAUUCUUUGCGUCAGUCGGCCGAGCUGCCCUGGCCCGGCACACCAGCUUCGCACCAGUUCAACUGACAGCCCUGCUGGCGAUCCUGUCGGAGAUGCGACUGGUGCACACGGAUCUUUUCAACGCGGCCGCAACUUUCCUAUCUUCGCGGACGAAGGAGUUGCGGCCGGUGGACAUCAUUCGGGUGCUUCGGUCGUUUGCCAAAUGCAACGUCCAGCACCAGGGUCUUUGCAGAGCUGUUGGAGACGAGGUCAUCAGCCGGGUGAAAGGAGGCGUCAACUUCCGAGCUGAGGACCUCUGCGAGAUCACCUGGGCAUUGUGCGUGUUGGAGCAUUUCAAUCCAGAUAUCUUCGAGAUUUUGCUGAAGGCGCUGAGAAAGGUGCCCGUGGUCCCUUCAGAUGCGCUCACUCAGCUCUUCGAGUGUCAUUUGGCCCUCGAGACCGAGCAGAAGAGCCAGUAUCGCAGGUUCAGAGACAGAAUGGAUCAGGAAACAGUGGAAGCACUGCAGGAUCACUACAGGGAAGCCCGAAAAGACGAGAGGCGGUGUUCGGACAAGCACCGUAGCGAUGUGGCUUCCGUGCUGAAAUCCUUGGUCGAGGGUUCCGUGCACGUGAACCACCGGACAAGCUGUGGGCUUCUAGUCGACGUGGCAGCGCUGCGGAAGCGCAGUUCAACGGACGGCUUUGUCCACGUUGAUUUAGACUCCAACGUGACCUUCGUACGGUCUCUGGACCAUGAUGACCCAGCUACUGCUGGAAUCGUCAUCGAGGGUGCUGUCGCACUUAGGCGGCGCAUUCUUCAAAAGCAAGGUCUUAGGCUCGUCACAGUUCGUGAAAGCGAAUGGCGAGACCUCGAUGAGAGCAAGGAGAAGCGUCGACACCUGCGAAAUCUCCUUUCCGCGCUGGGUGACGUUUUGGAGUGA